GAAGACAUUGCAGAGUGGGAAUUCUCCUCUCUACAAGUUCUCUGCUUAUUUUGCUUUUGCUUGCCAAGAGAGAAGUGAGAAGGUAACGUGUUGGAACCAUGUCUGCUCUGCUGAUGAUCUUAGUGAGCGCUCUGACAGCUUAUGUCCUGAUUUACUACAACGUGUUCAGAGGAUCCAGGUGCAGAAGCAGAGCCACACUGAAGGGGAGGACAGCAGUUGUCACCGGGAGCAACACCGGCAUUGGGAAGGCAACAGCUCUGGAUUUGGCUAAGCGAGGAGCCAGAGUUAUCCUCGCCUGCCGAAACCAAGAGAAAGCAGAGGCGGCUGUCUACGACAUUAGGAGGGAAAGCGGGAACGCGGCGGUGCUGUUUAUGCAUCUGGACUUGGCGAGUCUGAAGUCUGUGCGCUCUUUUGCUGAGACCUUUUUGAAGACUGAGCCCAGACUGGAUCUACUCAUCAAUAAUGCAGGCAUGAUGGGACCAGGCAGGACUGAGGAUGGCUUUGGCAUGGCGUUUGGGGUCAAUCACCUGGGCCACUUCUUGUUAACUCUGCUGCUGCUGGACCGGCUGAAGGCAUCAGGGAACAGUCGAAUCAUCAACGUGUCAGCCCUGCUGCACCGCCUAGGCUCAGUGGACUUCAACACUCUCAACACACACAAAGCCCUGGUGACAGGACAGUCCUCCUGGCACUGCUUCAGGGCCUACUGCCACAGCAAGCUCUGCAAUGUGCUCUUCACCCGUGAGCUCGCCAACCAUCUAGAGGGGACCAGUGUCACCUGCUAUAGCCUGCAUCCUGGAGUGAUUGCUACUGAUUUUGUACGUAAUAUGAGCCUGUGGGUGAGGCUGCUGCUGCUGCUGCCCUUCUCCAAGCUCUUCUUUUUGGACUCAGAGGGGGGCGCACAGACCACACUGCACUGCGCGCUUCAGGAUGGUCUGGAGCCUCUGAGUGGACGCUACUUCUCCUCCUGUGGCUUGCAGGAGGUCAGCACAGCUGGACGUGAUGAUGCUUUGGCCAGGAAGCUAUGGGAAGUGAGUGAGAGGCUGUGUGGCCUGUCAUGAAAGUGAGGUAUGUGGGGCAUAGAAGACCUUCACUAAAGGAAGUGACUCCAGAUGCCUUGUGAAGGACAGACAAAUGGCUUAUUACUAGGAGUUUUUUUAAUGACUGCUGGAUGCUAAGUGCCAUAACAUUUUUAAUAAUUUGUCUUUCUGAUGAACUGCUAAGGGUUGCACAAAGAGAUUUUCCAUCAGUGUUAUUUUCUCUUCUCUUAUACAUUAAGCUGUUAUAAUAACUAUACAGUUCCAAAGGUGCAUUAUGUUUGUGAUUUAUUCAGUAGAAUUGUGCUUAAUAUUAAAUAAUUAUUGUUUCAAAUUAUGUAAAGAGUGUUGUGGAGAGAAGGUGAACUCAUAAGUUCAUUCAUUCAUGUUGUCUUAAAGUGAAAUAUUAAAGUGCUGGAUCUUUUUUGGAAUUUAUUCCAUAGCAAUUGAACUUGAACAUGUUGUGUUUUAAAUAAAUCCUCAUCAGAACUGAUUAUAUUACAAGAACUACUUAAAACUUUCUCAGUUUCCGCUUUCAUGUAGGUAAGUGUUACUUGGAAAAGAUGUAGGGAAAACUGCAAAAUAAUGUCUGUUCAUGGAUUUGUACCAUAGCUCAGACUGCUAACAGAGAUGUUCUUCAGCAGAACCAGUGGUUGGGCUGUUGUACCUGGUUGGUUUUGUUCACUGGGUGGCAGUAGCGUGCCAUUGAAAUGGUCCUGUGCCCAGCAUGGCUUGUGUUUGUCAGGACAAGAGCCAGGGCGACAUAACCUUAACUAAAGAGACUUCUGUCAAGAUGACAGGCAGUAGGAUACAGCGCUUCCAAGCUUUCUAGAACAUUGAGAAUUUGAAGUCUUUUUGUGUAAUUUCAGGGUGCAGGGGAAAUGAAACAGCAUUGUGUCACGCAGUGCUAAUCAGGUGGCAUUGAGUUUCUGCAGCUUCACUUCCCUACCAUUGACAGUUCUUUCAUUUUUAAAUCAUGCUGCCUCAUCAUGUGUUGGUUGGCGAAGUCCUAAAAAAAUCAAUAUAGGUACGUGAGAUUUGCUGUGCUGGUGUGUCUUGUCUGUUCUUUAUGUAUUGAGGGUGCUGUAGGUAUUGUUUGGUUACUAUAGGAGCUGAUGCUCAAGGCUGUCACUGAGAGUUAAUGUACAUAGUGCAUAAACUCUCUUGCUUGUCUGUAUAGACUGUUGCCCUCAGAGUGCAUGUAUGAAGCUAUUGAUGCACAUGGUAAGGCUGAUGUUGUGUUCACCUUUUAUGUGCAUUCUUCUAGACCCUUUUUAUAAGGUCCUGUUGCAAACACAGACUGUAAGAGAAGACUGAAGAGGAUCACUAUGGUGGGUAACCUAAAGUUGCAGUGAUCUGGGAAUUGGAGGCCAAUGCCGAUGUCUGAUUAUGUACAUUAUGAAAACACAUAUGAAAAUAGGAAAUAAGUUAUAAUCAUGGUCAUUUUGGUUCUAGUUGCCUGUUGCAUUCAAUAAAAAAAUAAUAAAAAUAGCUCACAAAAAUUGCCCCUAAAAUGGCCAUUGGCUGAUUCAGCUGUAAAGAAAUCAGAACUGUAAUAUGUCAUAAAAAUUCAUAAAAAGCAUCCCCCAGUGUUCUCUCAGCUGGCUGUCCCUUGGUGUCCUCUGUCUCUCUCACUCAUGCACUGUAAGUCUGUAACUAUGCCGUACUGUUCGAUUGGAUCUCUAGAGGCGACACAUCGAUGAGCGACGCCAGGUGUUUGCUUUGGACGCACUCCCGAGCUUCUGGGCACAGUACUUAACCACUGGAUUAGUGCAUCAAUUAGCAAUCACUGCAUGGGAGGGCCCUGAUUGAUUGAGACUGUUGAUGCUCUGCUGAGUGUGAGGCAUGCUGGAGCUUGUGUUUGUGUAAUGCACCCGUGUGUGUGUGUGAGCCAAUAAUAUAUCAGCGUAUGAUUGAACUCAGUGGUGACUUUACAGAAGAAGGAAAAAAACAUUCUUAACCUAGGUUUGUUUAAACAGCAACUAUGUCUAACCUUCCAAGUGUACACACAUGCACACUGAGCUUCUGGCAUGAAGCCUUUGAACAUACGUAAUAUGACUGAAUGAUUGAGAGGCAUAGGGUUUGAAAGGUGUACCUAAAUAAGUACACUGAUAUUUAUAUUGGUUUUGAUUGUGUUAGUAUAUAGUUUAAUCGUAGGUUAUCACUUCUUAGCUUCUGUCUUCUGUGAUUUGUGUUUAAAAAAUAUUUCUGCCUAAGAAUCAAAAACUAGUUUUAAUUUUUGUUUUACAAAUAUCAAUCAUAGCCUCUUUAGUUUUGUACUAGAGUUGUAAGGCUAAUGUUGCUAAAAAUGAUUAUAAGCUUGUGACCGCCUUUUAGCAUUGUACAGGCAGCAUGCUGAAAUCAUCACAGUUGCCUUAAACCAUGUUGAGUUGUUAAGUAAUCCCAGACAGGCUUGCUUAUGUUAUUUCUAACACUUUGUGAUGUACUGUUCCGUAUUAUUCCUAUAUAAACAUUGAGCAAAAUAAGUCCUGCAGCUGAAUUUUUUCAGUCUUUUUGUUAUUUUUGUAGAUACCUAAAAAUUGGAACAUCAAACACAUAUUGAGUGUUCCACUACAUUUGUGGUAAUGGGAAUAUUGUGUAAAUUUGAUGUUUGAUGCGGUGCAGUGCAGUGCAGUAUUUCAAUGUAUGUAGCAGGUGGCAUGUGUAGCCAGUACAGGCGGGCCUCAGUCUGUAGGGACAAACAGAGUGAUGGUGGGUCUCACGUUGGAGUAACACUGUAGGUGUGAGGUAGAGUAGUGGGUGGGGCUGCCGUGUGUGUGUGUGUGUGUGUUAUGGUGAUGGGGAUGAUGACAAUUUGGAGACGUAUUCACAUUCAGCCUCCUUUACCAAAGCUCUUUUUUUUCCCCUUCUCAUCUCGCUCCUCCUGGAAAUGCCGUUUGAAGUCAGUAAAUAGAAGCAUCCUUUGGGUCAUGUUAUUUCCACUGGUGCAAUUAACAUCCCCAUCUGCUAAUCUGUGAUUAACGAUGUUUACAAAUAUGCUAGCAUGUGCAGAAGAGCGGCUCACACCUUUCUUUCUUUCCAUCCCAGCUCUCAUCUCUUUCUCUCUCCCCGGUGCGAAUGGCCAGCAAACCCAGGGAGAUUUCUCCAUUGUCCUGAUGUUAAUUGGGGAAAAAAAGUUCAAGUUGCUGAACUCAUUAUUAGAGUGGGGGUAGGGGAGGGAUGCUGACGAAAGCUUUUGGCCAAAGGGACAGACGACGUUUAGCUUCCAAAUGGUGCAGAGAGACUGACUGAUUGAUGAUGUUGACAUGUUCCAUCUUGGAGUGAAGCUGUAGUAUAAGGUAUUGGCAUUAUAAAGAUGCCAUAUAACCAGUACCUGAAUAGUAAAAAUGAAGUGAUUCAUUUUUAGCAUGUAUUUCUGAGAUUAGAUGUAAAAUCUUUUUGCAUAAGGAUAGGAAAGGUAUAAAGAAAUUAAGUGGGUAAAAAAAAAAAAAAAUUAGUUUUAAAAACUGAAGUUCAAAAAAAUUAUUAAAAGGUAGAAC